AUGAUGAUGACACAGCGUUCUUGUUCGAAUUCAAGGAACGAAGGAGCGAAAUUCCAACAUAUUCCAAACGACCUCGUUACGGAGAUAUUCUUGAGACUGCCGUCAAACUCUAUAUCGAGAUUUCGCUGCCUAUCGAAGCUAUGGGACUCCACAUUCAGCAGUCCAGAUUUCACUGAAGCGUUCCGCACCAUAUCUUGUUCUCGUCCGAAGCUAUUGUUCGCAUGCCUAUCUGAAAAUAAAACGUUCUUCUUCUCAUCGCCACAGCCUCAAGACUCGUCUCCUUUAACCGCCAGCUUUCUUACGAGCUUCCCUGUUACCUGUCCAUAUGAAAUUCAUCAUCAAUGGUAUUUUGGUGCAACGAAAGGUACCGUGCAAUCGAUAUGUAACCCUAGCACAGGAAAAAUCUUAACCUUACCCGAAGUGAAAAAUUGUGCUCGUGUAAGAAGAAGCUCUUUAGGGUUUGAUCCAAUUGACAAACACCUCAAAGUAUUGACCACGACCUUGUCAUAUAAAAAUGGUAGUUAUAGUGCCGAGCAGCAUCAAGUUCUAACGUUAGGAAAUGGAGAAGAACUGUCAUGGAGAAAAAUCACAUGUAAUAUACAAGGUUUUCAUUCUGAUGGUUUUGGAAGACGUAGACAUGAUGGGAUAUGCAUCAAUGGUAUUUUGUAUUAUUUAGAUGAGGAUUAUAAUGAUGGUAAGUGCUGCGAUAUAGUUUGCUUCGACGUUAGAUAUGAGAAAUUCAGUUAUAUCAAGACAGACAAAGAACUUGGUAAAGCGAGAGGAAAAAUCGAUUCAUCACUGGUCAACUACAAGGGUAAACUAGCUAAGCUUGACCCCAUCAUUUGUUCGAAUCAUGGAAUAGUUACAGGUAUUAAUCUGUGGGUUCUACAAGACUCGGAGAAAAAUGAAUGGUGGAGUUAUGCCUAUGUCUUGCCUCCUCCUUGGAAGUCUAUAGUUGAAGGGCCUAGGUUGCACUUUGUUGGAAUAACUAACAAUGGUGAAAUUGUGAUGUCUCCGGAGUAUAUAGGCAAGUGUCUCUACCUUGUCUACUACAAUCCCAAGAGGAACACUCUCACUAGAGUUGGAAUCAAAGGAAUGGAAGCUUACGAGAAAAGUAAAGCUCGCAUCUUUCUUGACUACGUAGAGGAUUUGAAACCUUAUGAGUUACACUGA